AUGGAUUUUCAAAGAAGAUCAGCUGUUGGAAUCGUUUAUUAUGUUGAUUAUACAAUUAAAAAUGAACUUUUACGUCGUAGAGAAGCUAAACAAUUAUUAUCAGAUAAUAAAAAAUUACAACAAAAAACAAAAAAAUCAAAUAAAAAACGAACAAAACGUAAAACAUCAGAUGAAGAUGAUGAAAAUCAAUCAACAUCAAUUAAUGAUACAACUAAUAAUUCAUUAAAUCUUACUUUAAAUUCAACGACUAAACAAACAAUUGAUGAUGAGCAAAAGGAUGAAAUAUGUCAAGUAUUUGGUGGUACUGAAGUGGAAGAUCCAGUUGAUAAUGAAAUUAAUUUAUAUAUUCAAUCAUUAUGUGAAAAAGAUUCGUGA